UUGUGGAUGCAUCAUGAGAGGGUCCUUCACACGGAAACCAGCGCUAAUGACCGAUGUUUGUUUUGCUACAAUUAGCAGUAUGCCUGCUGAACGCAAACGCUCAUUAAACAUGGACGAAAAAGAUGUUUGCACCUUCAGCAACAAGGACAAGGAGAAGGAGCGAGAUGGCGAGAGGAGACCAUCGUCCGCCCGGGACAAAGGGAAAGACGAGGCCAAAAUGAGCGGGAAAAAAGACAGCAGCAAGGAGGAGAAGAGGAAGCGCCUCGAGGAGGAAAAGAAGAAGAGGGAAGAAAAGGAUCGUAAAAAGAAAGAGGAGGAAAAAGUGAAAGCGGAGGAGGAGCAGAAGAAGAAAGAGGAAGAGGAGAAAAAGCUGCAGGAGGAGCAGGAGAAGCAACUUCAGGAGGAGGAAGCCAGGAAACAGCGAGAGGAGGAGGCAGCUCUCCUGAAGGAGAAGGAGGAGAGCCAUCAGCUGCACCAGGAGGCCUGGGAGCGCCAUCACUGCAGGAAGGAACUCCGCGUGAAGAACCAAAACGCCCAGGAGGGUCGCCCCGAGGAGGCUUUCUUCAGCCGCCUGGACUCCAGCCUGAAGAAGAACACGGCCUUCGUGAAGAAGCUGCGAACGCUCACCGAACAGCAGCGCGACUCGCUCUCCAACGACUUCGGCUCCCUGAACCUCAGCAAGUACAUCGGCGAGGCGGUGAGCUCCGUGGUGGAGGCCAAGCUGAAGAUCUCCGACGUGGGCUGCUCCGUCCACCUCUGCUCACUCUUCCACCAGCGCUACACCGAGUUCGCUCCGCUGCUCUUACAGGCGUGGAAGAAGCACUUUGAGGCCAGGAAGGAGGAGAAGGCGCCCAACGUGAGCAAGCUGCGAACAGACCUGCGCUUCAUCGCCGAGCUCACCAUCGUCGGGCUGUUCACGGACAAGGAGGGGCUCUCUCUGAUCUACGAGCAGCUGAAGAGCAUCAUCGGGACGGAUCGCGACACGCACACUCAUGUGUCGGUGGUCAUCAGCUUCUGUAAGCACUGCGGGGACGAUAUCGCCGGGCUGCUGCCCCGAAAAGUGAAAGCGGCCACUGACAAGUUCGCUCUGAGCUUCCCUCCGAGCGAGAUCAUCGGCACGGAGAAGCAGCAGACCUUCCAGAACCUGCUGAGGGAAUACUUCACCUCGCUCACCAAACACCUGAAGAAGGACCACCGCGAGCUGCAGAACACCGAGAGGCAGAACAGGCGUAUCCUACACUCCAAAGGGGAGCUGAGUGAGGACCGACACAAACAAUACGAAGAGUUUGCGACUUCCUACCAGAAGCUGCUGGCCAACACUCAGUCUCUGGCCGACCUGCUGGACGAAAACAUGCCCGACCUUCCUCAGGACAAGACGGUGCAGGAGGGUGUGUGGCCUUUCUUUACCACAGUUCAUCUGAGUUCACACAAA